GGCCCAGGCCGAAAUAUCACCGGAAAUCCGGCCCGGGACGAAAUUCAUCUCACUGCUGUUAAUAAAAAAUAGUCUAGCUUCAAUGAAUAGUUAGCACAUUUCCAUAGUGCUGAGCAGGACGACGUAGUGCUGAGCAUUACGUCGUCCUGCUCAGCACUACGCCUUACUGCUCAGCACCACGUCGUCUUGCUCAGCACUACGGAGUGUAUCCACUAGUUAUAGAAAAAUGGCAUCCUUUUUUAGGAAUUGAUGAGAUGAAUUUAGGCCCGGGCCGAAAAAUCACCGGAAAUUCGGACCGGACCGAAAGUCCAGGCCGAAAAUUCCCUGGACCGAAAUUCAUGUAAACCGUUCCCAUAGGACACUAUCUUUAGCCUACUUUAAAAGCGCUACUAGCGAGUCUUCAUCAUCCUCUAAAGAGACAGUUAGGAAGCUGAACUACUCCAUACAAUUUUUUUGUGGUUAUGCUACUAUCACACAAGUCAGUAUCAUGAGAAAAAUGUUCAGUAAACUUCUGUUCUAUCUAUGGAACAAGAAACACGUCGUGAAACAGUGCAAAAAUUUCCUUCUUUGUACUUUUAUUUUUGUUAGAUUAUUACUCGUUGUGCAUGGUUCAUGGCAUUUCUUACAUGAACUUCAAACGAAAUUAUUACCAAAUACGAUCGAUUCAUCAUCGACUGUUAAUCAACAAACAAGCCUUAGUGUUGGUUUAGUAGUUAAAAAAUAUUGGAAUAAACUAUUGAAUUUAUUUACUAUACUUCAACAACAUGAGACUAAUCGUAAACGAUCACAUCAUACAACAUCAUCAAUACGAUCAAAAUCCAAUUUAAAUACUGAAAAAUAUUGUCAAACAAUUGAAACAUCAUUAGGUUCAUGUUCAUUAUGUAUUCAAUUUCAACAAUAUCUUCAUAAUUAUAGUGAAAGUAUUAUAAAUUUAUGUCAUUUAUAUAAUUUACCAUCAUCUCUUGCACAUUAUCGAUGUUCAACAUCAUCAAUAUCUGAAUGUUUAAUAUCAUUAAAUGAUAUUAAUCAUUGGUUUGAUUCUCAAUCAAAAGAUUUUGAUCGUUUAUCAAAACAUCUUGAAUAUUUAAAUAAUACAUUAAAUAAAACAAAAAAUGAUUUAGAUUUAAGUGAAAAUCAUUGUAAACAAUUAAAUGAAACUAAUAAUUAUUUACAACAAAUAAUUCAUGAUGAAAAAGAAUCAAAGAAAAAAUUAGAAGAAUUACAUACAAAUAAAUUAAUUGAAAUAAAAAAAGACAAUGAUCAAUGUCAAUUAAAUUUAAAUGAACAAAUUAAAUUAUUAACUACACAAAAAAUUAAUAUUGAACAACAAUUAAAACAAAUUACUGAAGAAUCUACUUCAAAAGGAGAACAAAUUAAAAAAUUAGGUAAACUUGUUUAG